AUGCUUUGCUCACCAACCUCGUGGCCCAGCUUCAGCCUCAUCUUAUUCGUCUCCCUCUCCUUUACCACGACCGUCCUCGGAGUCAAUAAAGAGCGAUCGCUCUCAGAGCUGUCUUCUGCUACCAACCUCACAGCCGCAAUACCCUUCUACUCUCUACCAACCACAUACCCGCUCUCCCUGACACCGCAGAACCCGACCAUCGAGAACCAGAUCCGUGAAACGCUCGCGCACUACCCGCUCGCGAUCGACGGCAAGAACUUCGCCGCCCUAGACCUCGUCUUCACCCAACAUGUUGUCGCCAAUUACUCCGAACCCUUGGGCGUCCUGACGGGUCUGCCUGCGGUUGUGUCGGCGCUGGAAUCGAGCUUGUCGCCGGUCGGAACGCAGCAUGCAUUUAGUACGCAGGUCAUUGAGAUCUUGGCGGGUGAGGUUGAGGCGAGGAGUUUGACGUAUUAUACCGCGUCACAUUUUGGGCAGGGGGACUACUAUGGUCAGGUGCUCUACGCCUAUGGCCAAUACCAGGAUGACUGGAUCAAGAUCUGCUGCCCAGAAGUGUGGAGGAUCAAGACUCGCACGCUGGUCUACAUGGCUACUACUGUCAUAGGUGGCCGCUACAUCCAAGUUUACUGGAAGACAUUUGGCAAUUAUAGCACCUACUUUACAACACAGGAUGAUGUCAAAUCUAGUUAG